AUGGACAAAGCUAAUAUAUUCGUAAACCACCUCGCUGACACAUUCCAACCACACAAUACCAUCCUUCUACCGGAAAAAAUCAAUGAAGUUGAGCGAUUUCUUGACAUACCGUUACAAAUGUCCCUUCCUCCUAAACACUUCUCUCCAGUUGAGAAAAUUUUUGGAAGACUGUAUGAUUACUUAAUUACUUACUGUGCAGUAAUAUCAUACAAAUCUAUUGAUAGCGCAUUGAAUGAAGAUGAUGCAGUUAACUAUCCAGUUGAAUUUUUGAAUUCGUUAGAACCACCCGGUAUACCGCAGCAUUUCUUGAAUUUGAAGGUCGGCUCAUCAAUUAUUUUACUACGGAAUUUGAAUGCACCAAAACUGUGCAACGGCACAAGAUUAGCUGUAAAAAGAUUGAUGCCGAAUUUAAUCGAAGCCACAAUAUUGACUGGCAAAACGAAGGGGGAAUUUGCACUCGUCCCACGUAUUCCUCUAAUACCAACAGACAUGCCAUUUGAAUUCAAACGGUUGCAAUUCCCCGUGCGCCUAUCAUUCGCUAUGUCCAUCAAUAAGGCACAAGGACAAACGCUCCAAGUAUGCGGUUUGGAUUUGGAGGAGCCGUGUUUUUCGCACGGGCAAUUAUACGUGGCCUGUUCAAGAGUUGGCACUCCAAAUUGUUUAUUUGUGUAUACCCCAAAUGGACAAACAAAGAAUAUUGCUUACACAAAUGCGUUGGAUUAA